UACAUGAACAAGGGAUAUGUCUGUUGUUAAUAAGUUCAAACAAUUCCCAGAAGUCUCGCAAUCCAAGAACUGCUCACUAAUAAGCUCUGCUGGUCAAGCUUCUGAACCCCCGAAGAAUCCGAAAGCUUUUUACCACCACGUCAGUAUGUCGUUUUCAAGUAAACUGUAUCGGGAAGAUCGACAGCGGUGAGGAGAAGGACAAACAAGAGAAGUGGGACAUCUUCCCCAUCUUUCCAUCUUCAACCCAUCUCCUAUCACCACUCUUCGCGAUCGGAGACAAUGUUUACCAACAUGCCCCGGCUCUCUCGCAAGGCCUUGAAGCCUUAUAUGGCCGAAUUCCUCGGCACCGCCCUUCUGAUUAUCAUCGGCGACGGCGUCGUCGCACAAUGUCUCCUCUCAGACUACCACUACGGCACCUGGUUGUCGAUCAACUUCGCUUGGGCAGCGGCAGUCUGUCUCUCGGGCUAUCUCAGCGAUCCCAGCCCCACAAUCAACCCCGCCAUCUCAAUUGUCAUGGCCUUCGUCCGUCCCUCCCCAGGGCAAUGGAGAAAGCUCCCAGGCAAACUGCUCGCGCAGUUCCUGGGCGGGUUCGUCGGCGCCGCGAUCGUGUAUAUCAAUUAUCGGUCGGCGAUCAAGGCAUGGGACCCCGAGUAUACCAUCCCGGGUGGGUCGAUCCUCAGCCCAAGUGGACACCACUCCGCGGGUAUCUUCUCCACUUAUCCCGCCGAUAUCUUCGAGUCGAACUGGGAGGCGGUGUUUUCGGAGCUGCUCGCGUCGGCGGUGUUGAUGUUUGGCUUGUUGGGAAUCUCUGACCCAGUCAAUGCGGAGAGAUUUCCUGCGCCUCAGCUGUCGAACUUUUUGCUGCUUCUGGCGAUCGGGGCUGCGCUUGGUUGGCAGACUGGAUAUGCCAUCAACCCGGCUCGAGAUUUCGGUCCCCGACUCUUCUCUUCUUUUGUCUAUGGCAGAGAAGUGUUCAGCUCGGACCACUAUUAUUUUGCUAUUCCCGUCCUAGCCCCGGUCGUGGGCUGCUUCGUUGGGGCCGCUAUUUACGAUACUUUCCUGCACGAGGGCGAUGGAUCGCGCAUCACCGACGCCCUCAGUGAUGCGGAUGACCGGGAUGGUCAUUUGAGACUGCAUUGAGGUUGAGAUUUGGUUCAAGUUUCUGGGAAAGUAUAUUCCUAUAACAAUUGGACGAUCUGGGGUGUAUUUGCUGAUUUGCCUCCUUCCAUAUGCGAGUGUGAGAGUGGGGAGACAUUAUAUAUGUCAUGAUGACCUGAUAAUGAUAGCCUGUUUUUGAAUGUUUUAUAUGACAAAUUGAUUGCAAUUGUUCUUUCC